UCAGACUGUUACUUCCGCUACAACUUUCCAUGGCAUCCAUCAUCCCGGUGAUUUUCAUACUCGCCGUAGUCCUAGGACUGAUUGCGUGUGGCUACCUCUUCGUCCCAAAGGGCCCACAUCAAACGACAAUUCGUACGGCCAUCAUGCUCACGUUCGCAUCAUGUUAUCUUAUGUGGAUGGUCACGUAUAUGGCCCAGCUACAUCCUCUCAUCACGCCAUAUCGUUCAAUAAAGAGCGGAGAGAGUUUAUGAUGGUCAAGCGCCGUCUGAGCAGGAAAUAGACGUACACCACUGUCGCUAUGACAGAUUCUGCGUUAACUAAAGAGCACCUUGGAGUCCGCUGUUCCACAUCAGUGAGUGCCCCACCGCAUGUAAGGUGGUCUUGCGUUUGAAGAUAUAUAGAUAUGUCUCGGGAUAUGUAUCGCAUCUGUCCAUAGAGCCUUUCUGGCCGUGUCUCAGGUUACUAUAUCUGUGGUCUUUUCAUAAUUCAAAGAACCUGAGCUUCUUUCUCGGCCAUGCGACUGUAAAGGCGUGUGCAGAUCGUUGAUCUCAGCAUGUAUCUGGUUGUCAAAAUUUGUGUUUCUAAUACAGUGUCUUGCAUUGCGCGUCA